AUGCUCCACGUCUUUCUUAAGCUCUCCAUUCUCCUCUUUUCCUUGUUGAUUCAUGAUGUGUUCGGCGCUACUAAUACCAACGAUCCUCCUCCGGUUGUUCAUUCUUGUAACGGCAAGUUUAGAAUACUCGGAGAUCGAGCAGAAUGCAUCGGAUCUGAUGUUGUGCGUAACUGCGCGUAUAAAUCUUGCUGGCUUGCUGGUCAUCAAUACGUUCCAAUGACUGAAUGCAAGCUCGCAAAAUCAACCGACACAAGAUUAAGUGGUCAACAAUGUGCUCAAUAUGAAUUCAUAAACAGCGACCUGAGAAAUGUUCAUUUCAAGUGUAGGAAUCCUGGUAAUGUAGAUUAUCUGUGUCCUCCUAAUGCCAAUAAUAUUGGCAAAGUCUUGGGAUGUUCCGAUUGCUAUCCGGUAUGA